AUGUCGAUUCCGGUCAAGUAUCAGCCGUCCGCUCUGCCCUUCACAGAGCUCGUCCAAACACUUAAGCAGAUCAAAGCCGAGCGCAAACCGCGAGCCUCAUCCUCGACAAGCUCGAAACCCAAUUUAUCCUCCUCCGAUGCGAGUCGUGUGGAAGUCGGCACAGUCACGGCCAAACGAGAAGCGCUACUCGCCGCACUGACCGUCCCACUCAGAGUCGACCAGCGCGGAUUUACUCUGCAAGAGGCCGCGGUCUGGCUCGGUGCCACCAAGUACUAUGAUCCACUGUGGAGAUAUGCGGAGGUCAAGGCGACAGGUGACUGCAGAGCAAAAGGCAGCAUGGACGUGGUCUGUCGGCAGCAUCUGGCGGGCUUACGUUCACAAAAGCAGCUCUACCCGCUUCAUCUGGCGACGGCGUACGCCUGGCCGAUCGGACGGAAGAUCUUGCAAGCGUUCUCCAAUCCGAUCGCUACGCGCGCAGAUCUAUGCGAUGCACUCUCGCCCGUGCUCUUCGUCAUUCAGCAAAGUGCCGUCGUUGCGGAGCAAGUGAGGCCAGAACUAGCCCAGCGCGUGAUAGGCCUGGCGGAGGAGAUGUGUAGGGCAUGGGAGCUGCUGAUGAGUACGAUGAAGGAGGCUGCGCUGGACGGGCUGGAGGUCGCGGUGAAUGGCCUGAUUGACUUCUGCACUUGUACCAUCGACAGGGAAGGGGACCCGUAG